UGAGCUUUGAAAAGGGUGAGCCCUUUGCGCCGAAGCUAAGCGUCCCUUUCCGUGCGAUUGGGCUCCGAUUCGCUGUACAUCGUGAGCACGGAUAGGCCCUUCAAUUUGGGUCUUAUAUACGCCAUCGAGCUAGAUUUAUUUCCUUCUCGUUUUCUUGCCACAUUUGAUCGCGAAGCCGGUUUGGAGAAUUUUGGAGAUUCUGCUCAUGUUUUCCAGUGAGUGAAAUGUGACUGUUGCAUCGGCUGGUGCCAUGUGAAUAGGUAUCUGGUAGAUUUGGAUUUUGUUUUCUUGCCUGCAUCGAACAGUACAAAAAUCUUACGAUGCAUUGCAAGUUUGUAGUUCUGGUCUUCUGGAAUGGUGAGGUGUUAACUCUUAAAGAGUAAUUUACUCUUCGAAGAAUGAUCCCAUUCCCAUAAUGUUUGUUUCCGAUGAAGAAAACAAGUAGUGAAAGCAGUAGAAUAAACUUUCUAGAAUCUAGAUACAAAGAUCCAUGUUGCGUGGACGCAUGUGUCCCUGUCGGCUCCAACAACUUCAGGGGAAAAAAAAGGUGAACCUAAUUCUCUCCUCGUCCUUGGUCGAACUCAUCCAUGUAACUAGUACCAUGUAGCAGCAGCAAUUCGCAUUUCACAUCAAGAGGCCAUGUUGGAUUAAUUUGCAGAUUUGCAGUUACUGCACUGUUGCAAUCCUGUACUAGGCCCCAACCAAGCAAACACGGGAGCUUUCCUUUUCUUCCUUGGGGCACUUUACGCCCACACGACGAGAGGGACCGGGUGGGCAGUAGCAACAAAUUGGACAAUCCUUUGCAUGUAAAUGGCCGUGACACUAGGUUGUCGUCAUCCAUCGUUGUGAAUAAUGUGCAAUCGUCCAUGCUGUUUGGUUGCCUGCAUUUGCCGUUCUUUGACGUGGUGGCCUGGUGGGGGAGGGGAGAGGCGGAGAGCCUUCAUGUUUGUUUGUUUGUGUUAUUGUGUCAGAAGGUUAAUGCACGCAUGCAUGUUUGGAUUUUUGUAUCAGUUUAUCCUGGUGGUUGGCGUCGUCUUUUGGUAGAUCUCUCUGGUGAUAUUGCCUGCUGAGGAGAGUGGUGGGUAGCUUUGGUGAUAGCUGGCCAGUACAUCAAUGUGGGCGUUUCUUGGAGCAGCUACUCGACUCCAUGGAUGCCGUGAAGACAGAGGGGAGGAAGGCCGCAGGUACCGUCGACUGCGCCUUGCGGCAGCCGCUGGUGCCACCGGAGAAGAACAUUGCUGCUCCGGCAGGUCGGAGGAGGGAGGUGGCCUCCAGGUUCAAGUCCGGCGGCACGCCGGCGCCACAGGCUGCUGCUUCCUCGGUGAGGCGAUGCACGUCUCCAAGUCUGAGCAGGGCUUCAGCAGCUGAAGGCACAGCAUCGACAAACAGAGCACAGUCAGCUGAGAGGAGGAGGUCUUCCACGCCUUCUUCCAGCUCGACGCCGUCCGGUGGUGGUGGCGGCGCUGCGUCGAGGCCCAGGACGCCGGUGCGUGUUGCGGCAGCCACCGAGGUACAUGGCAUCUCUCGUCGUGCAGCCAGUACAAAGCCCCCUGAUGGCUUGUGGGCAUCAGCUCGUAGCGUGCCUCCAUUGCUUCAGAAGGAGUCCAUGGCAAUGGCAACCUCUGCCAAGAAGAGACACAAGCUUGCUGAUGGCUCAUCUUCUGACCAGACCAAGGUGCAGGCAAGAAACGUGACCGAGACUGAGAGGAAAAGAAGUCCUCUUAGAGGGAGGAACAUUGGCAACCAAUGUGAGAAUGCUCGGCCAUCAGAGACUCCAAACAAGAGGGUCGUUGAGCAACACCGAUGGCCGGCGGCAAUGAUGGGUGGCCGUGGCUCUGCCGUCUUAACUUCGAGAAGCAAUGGUGUUGCCAACACGCCUAUCAGGUCAGUCACUCCAUCAAACCCUACAAGGGGGCUUUCACCAAGGAGGAUUUGUCCAGCUGAAGUCAAAGCCAAUGGUCUGAAUCAGCCAUUGAACGGAUUGGCAAAGAGAUUGGCUACACAUGAGAGCAGAAGAGAGGAUAAGACAGAAUCUGGUAGUGAUGUUUCUUCACAGACAUCAGAAAACUCUAAAGCUGCUACUCGCCCGAGCAGGACUCUGUCUUCACCUGUUCUACAUCGCUCGUCGUCACCAAACAAGGUCUUGUCAGCUGCAUCCCCUGCUUCUACAGCCUUUCAAAGUCCUUUGAGGACAAGGCCUUCGGCACCUUGCCGAUCACGAUGUUGUUCAACAAGUCAAUCAGGCGUUGCACCUCUUGUGUUUAACUAUAUAGUUGAUGCGAGGAAAGGGAAGAAGAGUGCAAGCCAGUUUGAGAAUAUUCACCAAUUACGUCUGCUGUAUAAUAGAUGCCUGCAGUGGCAGUUUGUAAAUGCUCGUUCAGAAGAUACACUAACCUUCCAAAAGAGUAGCAUAGAGAGUAUUCUUUACAGUGUGUGGAAAAGUAUCGUGCAGCUGCGGGAUUCUGUUACAGUCAGAAGAAUUGAUGUUCAACUCCUGCAACAAGAGCUCAAACUGUACUACGUUUUAAAAGAGCAGAUUGCUUAUCUUCAACAUUGGCCGAAACUAGAAGGAGAGAACGGUAGUACUUUGAUUGGGGCUAUUGAAGCUUUACAAGCAUGCACACUUCGCCUUCCAGUUACAUCAGGAGCACAGGCAGAUGCUGUUGCAGUUAAGAAUUCUAUAAGCUCAGCGGUUGAUGUUAUGCAAGCUUUGAGUUCCUCAAUUUUGUACCUCCUAUCAAAGGUUGAAGGUAGGACGUCUUUGGUUUCUGAACUUUCAGACAUGGCAAGGCAAGAAAAGGUUGCCCUUGGUGAGUGUAGAGAGCUCUUAGCUACGGCAGCAAAACUACAGGUACAGGAGUCCAGCCUCCGUACUCAUCUGAUGCAACUGAAGGAAGGAGUUUUAGGAUGACUUUGAUAAUCCAAGUUGAAGAAACCAGUCAUGCUUUCAAUAUGUACAGGCACGGUGUAAAAAUGGAGCGUACAUACAAAAUCCUGGAGUAACAUCCCCUGGGGACAAUGCAUAGCGGCGAUGCUGUGCAGGCUGCAGUUAACAUCUCACAGUGCGUAAAGAAUUUGAAGAAGAAACAGGUGUCUUUGAACCUAAGAAUACUUCUAACUUGGGUGUUAGGGGUGUAUGCCAACACCUCUCACCGAGUGAAUUAGGCUCACUUCCUUGCCAAGUGAGUUAAGACCCACUUCCUUACUUCCUCCGUCCCAAAAAAAAGUCAACCUAGGUACAGAUGUAACAUUACAUAGUACAACAACUUUGGAUAUGAGCGUGUCUAAAUUCGUUGUAUUAUGUAAUGUCAUAUCCGUGUCUAGGUUGGCUUUUUUUUGGACGGAGGGAGUACGUCUUAUUGUGUUUAGGGAAGAUAGGAGAUGCUUGAUUCAAGUGUAAAUGUUUUUUCGCCGUACAGUGCACUCAAAUUGCCUCCACUCCUAGUUUUGGUGUUCCUCUCAUGAGUCAUGACGAGAGCUGCCCUCUUUACCUAUUCUCAUUGUAUAGUAUUUUGCUUGUUAACAAACCGAUUGGAAAGGAAAUAGAGAAAUGGGGAAAUAGAAAA